AUGAAGAGUAGUAAUGAGGACAAAGAGAAAGACAUUAGCUCUACUUUCAAGAGGACCGAGGUUAUUGGAAGAGGUAAGUUUGGUAUAGUGUACAAGGGCUACCAUGUGAAAACCAAGCAAGUUUAUGCUAUUAAAGUCUUGAAUUUGGACUCUUCUGAAGAUGAGGUUGAGGACGUGCAAAGAGAAAUACAGUUUCUAGCCUCUUUGAAGCAGAUACCGAAUAUUACUAGAUACUAUGGAUCGUAUCUUCGGGGGACAAGCCUAUGGAUUAUAAUGGAAUACUGUGCAGGUGGGUCUCUGCGAUCGUUACUGAGACCUGGCAAGAUAGAUGAAAAAUAUAUAGGUGUAAUCAUGAGGGAGUUGCUAGUCGCAUUAAAAGUGAUACACAAGGAUAACGUCAUUCAUAGAGAUAUAAAAGCAGCAAAUGUGUUGAUCACAAACGAAGGUCAAGUGAAGCUCUGUGACUUUGGUGUGGCUGCCCAACUGAAUCAAACCAGCCUGAGACGACAAACCAUGGCAGGAACACCGUACUGGAUGGCUCCGGAAGUCAUUAUGGAAGGUGUUUACUACGAUACUAAAGUUGACAUAUGGUCUCUGGGUAUAACAGCUUAUGAGAUAGCCACAGGAAAUCCGCCAUAUUGUGAUGUCGAGGCGCUAAGAGCAAUGCAAUUAAUUAUAAAAUCUAAACCUCCUAGGCUGGAAGAGCGUAAUUAUACACCACAACUAAAAGAAUUCAUAGCAUUAUGUCUUGAUGAAGACCCUCAGGAAAGACUUUCUGCGGAAGAGCUUUUAAAAACCAAAUUUAUCAAAACACACAAAGCAACCCCAACAACGAUAUUGAAAGAGCUAAUAUCCAGAUACUUAUUAUUCAGAGACAAAAACAAGUCAUAUAAAGAUAGUGCCUACUUGGCUGACGAUAUACCGAACGCAAAAGCAGAAUUAACUAACGAAGAAAAAAGGAGGUUAUCGAGUGACAGCAGUGAUGGGAAGGAAGAACUUUCUGAGAUUGAUGUCAAAUGGGACUUCGACUCAUUGAGCUCUAAUGACUACAUCAUAGACAAUAAUAUCCAGAUGGAUGCUAUUCCACAGGAUUCAGGACCAGAUUGGCCCAUCAACCAAGUAGACCAUUUUAAUUUUGCAUAUCCAGAAGAAGAUCAAUACUACAUGUAUCACACAAAUAAUAACAUUCAGAAAACAUAUCAAGGAACAACUAUAGGUAAGGGAAAUGUGGGUACAAUUGUACACAACUCCACGUUAAACGCACCAAUAUCACACACUACAACCCAAUUUGGAAAUAAAGCAACUGGUACAGCUUCAAACAUUACCGGAUCUCAUAGCAACCCUUCAAAUGCAUCUAAGAGGUUGGAAACAAAAGCAUUAAAACAGCUAUUACAACUUUUUGAAGACAACGAAGUUAUCAGUGAAGAAACUGACAUAUCUACAGAGCUUCCAGUUCUGGCAAAAAACUCAUCUUCAUUGCACAUAAAAACAAAUUUUAAUGGAGGAGUCUCAGAAGAUACGAUGGGGUCGGCAAGUAGUGAAGCCCGGAAAUACCCUGGAGUACUUACGGGAAGCUCAUACUAUAGUCAAAGCUCCCCCAUGGUCCCGGUUACAUCACAUAAGUACCAACAGGGUAAUGGACCAAUGAGUAGUACAUUAACUGCUGCUCCAACAUCUAUCGAGAUUGAAAUACCAGAGGAGUUGCCAACAUCUACUUCCACAUUACAAUCUCAGGAAACGUCAAGUGGUCCAACAAAACCACGAUCAUCUACAGUAUCUAAUCCACAACUAUCAUUUAAGCAACAAAAUGGUGUAUCAAGGAGAUUAACUGUUGGUGCAGGGGCCAAUCGUAAUGACAACCAAGUACAAUCAUCCUUGAGCACUUUGAAGCAGAAUAUAACCGAAGACAACCAAAAAGAGAAUCCCAAACAAAGCAGCACUGUCAAUAACCAAUCCAACGGUCAAUUAAGCUCCGCGACCAAAUCACAUCAUCGGACACCAUCCCCAUCAAGGUUAUUUGCUAAUGGAAGCUCGCCAAAUAAGCCAUUGAAUAUCUCCCCUACUAUGUCAACUGCUUCACAUCUUGGCGGAAGUUCUGCACCACCGAUGAUGAAACCAAUGUCAAAUACCGUUGAUAGAAAAGACGAUACACCAUCAUUUAGUAGUCCGAUGGGUAUUGUAGGGAAGCCAAGCAUGAAUAACAGCCCAAGUGAUGGAAAAUCUGGUGUAGUGUUAGAUAAAAAUGGUGCUGCAAUUCCAUUCACACCACUAGGUAACAGCUCUAGCAGAGUCAACGGAGAAUUCAGAAGAAUGAAUCCAAACUUAAAGCUACAAAUGCCUCUGCCAACAAAUGCUGGUGCAAGGAAUAAGUUGUUGGAGAAUUCGGUUACAACUAGUACUCCAUCAAAUCUCGGUGUGAACACAGCUGCCGCAGCUACUGCACCUGCAUCAACAAACGACUCAAUCAACCAAUUUGGUUUCAACACUAGCGUUACUUCUGCUUUACCUGUAUCAAUGACACCAAUCAAUGAGAAGAGCAUGGAUUUCAAUGCCAAAAUUAAGAGGUCUCACAGUACAUCCAAGAGGAAAAAUUCCUUGACAUUGGACCAAGGUGUGAGUAGUGCAAAUUUAUCAGCUUCGUCUAUAAACAUAGGUGGUGGUGGCAGUUCGAACAGCUCACUACAGGUAAACCAAGAGAACCAACCACAACUAACGCCUAAUAGUGUGUUGAGCGAUGGUGCUAGUAUGAACUCCGGGAACACUGGGACCACGAUAACUGCGUCCAUGAAUAGUAAUUCUACGGCGGUAAACUUAAACAGCUCGAAUGUAUCUGCAUCUGCAUUAUCGGUAAAAACCGUUACGACACAACCGAAUUCAAAUACUGUGACAGCUGCUGGUACUCCUGUGACCGGUGGGAAUCCAAUAGCGAUAACCGCUCCUAACGUAUCAGCACCAACUGCAACAGCAGCUACGGCAAACAAUGGGUCGAACGAGAGUGUCCUGGCAGAUUUACCUGUUAUGCAAGCACCACCCAAGCAGCUACAAAUGGACAUCUUCUUAGACAGAAAUGUGUAUUCCACUACCAACAAGAUGAUGGAUAAGAAACCACAGGUGUUGUAUGAGCUUGAGAAAAUGCUGAAGAUGUACGAACAGGGAUUCCCAGCCCUAGAGCACGCUUUGAAGUCCCAGCUGGAGAAGAUUACUGCGGAAGAUAAAUAA